AUGUUUGAGUAUGAGUCUGAAGACUUACAUACUCCCAUAUCAUCUGAUGAUGAAGGCAGAGGUGAAAAGUUUCCAGAGUUUAAUGAUGAGUAUGCUCAUGGUGAGGGCAGGUUUGAGCUAGGAACUAGGUUUGCCACUGUAGACAGGUUCAAGGAGGUAGUUAAGGAUUGUUUCAUCGCUGAGGGUCGGGAAGUGAAAUGGAUAAAAAAUGACAAAGAGAGAGUGAGAGUGGGGUAUGGGGAUAAGGAGUGCCCUUACUUGGUUCACUUGUCAUACAACAAAAGUCUGCAGUGUUAUCAAGUGAAGACCUACCAUCCAGAACACACUUGUGCGAGGGAUUUGGGCAGCAACGCUGCUGAUCAACACUGGCUAAGUAAGAAGAUUGAAAAGCAGAUGUCCACCCAACCACACAUGAAUACAAAGGAGGCUACUGAUUUUCUUAAGGAGGACUUUGCCCUUUGUCCCCAUCCUAAAAUGGUUUAUAGAGCAGUGAAGGAGGCUAGGGAGAAGAUCCAAGGAAAUGAAAAGGAACAAUACAAGAGAUCCAGGGAUUAUUGUGAGGAAAUACUGAGGAGCAAUCCAGGCUCAUCAACCAGGCUUGAGCUCAUGCCAAUUCCAGAUGGUCCCCCUGUUUUUUAUAAACUAUACAUUUGCCUAGAGGCCUGCAAACAAGGUUUCAAAGAUGGUUGUCGUCCCCUGUUGCAUUUGGAUGGGUGCUUUCUGAAGACAUAUUACAGUGGUUGGCUUCUAGCAGCAGUUGCUCAGGAUGCAAACAACCAAUUCUAUGUUGUUGCCUAUGGAGUGGUCAGGGCUGAGACUAAGGAAGCCUGGAAGUGGUUCCUGACCAAUCUGCAAGGGGACAUAGGAGACGAUGCUAACCAUGGCUGGAACUUCAUUUCAGACCAACAGAAGGGUUUGCUGCCUGCGUUGAAGGAGGUCAUGCCUCAUGCUAAGCUCCGCAAUUGCGUUAUGCAUAUGUGGAAAAACUUCAUCAAUCGUUACAAGGAUCUGUGCACGACUGUUGCUGAGUUCAAGGAAUGCAUGGAGAAGUUGAAGACAGUUAACAAGGGUGCCUGGGAGUACCUCAGCAAAUUUGAACCUGAGACAUGGGUGAAGGCUUACUUCUCCCAUGGGUCAAAAGUGGAUAACCUCACAAACAAUAUGUGUGAGGCUUUUAAUGCAAAAAUAGUAAGCUAUCGCUGCAAGCCUAUCCUAACCAUGUGUGAAGAAAUCAGAUGCUAUCUCAUGAGGCGGAUGGUGAAUCAUAAACGGAUCUUGGAGAAUCACUCAGGGAGGCUAGCACCAGUUCAGGAAAAGAGGAUGGAGAAGCUGUUAAACCUAAGCACCAAGUGGACGGCUAAAUGGGUUGGUGAUAAUGAACGAAAGAGGUUUGAGGUUUCUCGGAAAGGAACUAAGGUGGAUGUGGACCUCAUUAGGCACAGUUGCUCAUGCAAUCGAUGGCAACUGACUGGCAUGCCCUACUUACAUGCAUUUGCUGCCAUAAGGAAGAGACAUGACACACCUCAGGACUAUGUUCACCCUUGGCUAUGCAUGGAGUCCAUUAGGAGGACAUAUGCACACUGUAUUAAGCCUGUUCCAAGUCCAGAAUUUUGGGUUGGAACUGAGUUCUCGAAGCCAGACCCACCUAUUAUCAAAAGGCCAAUUGGACGGCCAAAGGUUCAUAAUAGGCAAAAGGAUCCGGUUGAGCCACUCAUGCAAGAAGGAAAACUGAAAAGGUCAUUCGUUGUAUCCUGCAGCAAGUGUGGUGAGAAGGGUCACAACUACAAAACAUGUAAAGGAGCCCCUUCCAACCCAAACUGGAAGCCGAAGACAAGGCGCCCUAGCAAGAAAUCAGCUACUGCCUCUCAGGCACUGAUUAUGCUUCCACUAUCACAAUCUGCUCCAGGUUCAGAGGAUGCAUCUAGCAGCCAACCAGUCAGCUCCCCAAACCCCACUGUUGUGGAAUCACCUGCCACAAGCAAUCCACCUAUGCCACAAGCUCCAACAAGGGUGACAAGAUCCACACUUAUCAUUUCACCUCCAGGGCCAACAACUACUCAAACCAGGCCACCAGCCCCAACUAUAGGCCGCCCAUUUAAACCUCCAGCGAAAGACAAUGACACAUCUCGCCCACAACAGUCCAGGUUCAUACCAAAGCAGAAGAUCUUCAGGCCGCCGGCUCCAGUCGCUGCAUCCACAAUCAACACUACUACACAACAGCCAACUCCACCAACCAUCCCAUCUGCAGCUCCAAAUCAAAAAGCUCGACCCCAAAGUUUGCCAAAUUCUCCAAAAACAAAGGACUCGAAAGAAUGA